AUGAUUCAGUCUGCGGCAGGCCUAGCGGGAGGCAGGUCACGGGCGAGAGGCGGCAGCCCACAGAGCCAGGCCGAGCCGGGACGCCGCAGCGCAGAGCCACGACAGCGGGAAGAAAAGCCGCCCAGGUGGGAGCAGAAAGACAGAGGCAGAUGGGAACGGUACAGCCUCUUACCGGCUGCGGGUAUUUCACGAACCGGCCGCGGAGGAGGGCGGUUCCCGCACGGGGCCUCUGCGGUGACCGCCGCUGCUCGGGCCCGCUCUGCCGCCCGACCCGGAUGGAGCCCAGGAAGGCGAGGGCGGGAACGCCGGGCCGGGCCGGGCCGCGCCGACCCUCACAGCCUGAAGGACCGGGCGGCGCCCGCCGGCAGCUCCGCGGGGCGGGGCAGAGCGCUGGGCCGGGCCGCUAUAACAUCGGCGUCACCGGGCGUGCCGUUUCUCCCUCAUCCCCUGCUGCUGCUCUUCGCGUCGUCAGCGGGACUCGGGGCGUUCCCGCGGGCACUGCUCGCCGCGGCCGCCGCCUUUGUUCCCUCUUUGUGUGCGGAAGAGCGAGCCCCGGCUUCCCGGGACAGCCGGGCCGCCGCCGUCUGUCUCUCUCGGCAGACGUUGCCGCUUGGCGGAGAGAGGCCGACGAUGGACCGCGAGGGGCCGGACGCCGCCCGCCGGGAGGCAGAGCGGGAGCGCGGCCGUUACCUGGACCGCCGGGCCGUGGCCCAGGAGCAGCUGGCGCAAAUAAAGGAGCACAAGCAUCAGGCAGAUCUGGCCAAGCUAGAAGACAAAAGAGAAGGCGAACAAAUACAGAGAUUGAACCGACUGUACCAACUGGAAAUUCAGAGAGGAAAAGAAAAGGAACAGGAGGAAAAAGUUGAACGCCAGAGGCUGCAUCAUGAGUAUGUAGCUGAACAGAAAAUAAUUAAAGCUGAAGAGAAGCAAAAAGAAGAUGAAGAUGAUGAUCGGAUUAAGGCUUAUAUUAAAGGAAAAGAAAUGAUGGCUGAUCUGACAAGAGAAAAAGAUGCAGAGACUAAUAGGCUAACGCAGGUGCAUAAGGACAAAGCUUUUGCACAACUAACUGCACAGAUGAAUGAGGCAUGCAAAAUUGAAGAUGAUCGUCUUGCUAGAGGAGCUGCAGAGGUAGAAUAUGAAUACCAAAUGAAAAACAAAGAGAAAGAAGCAAAAGAAAAGGCUGCCAUUAAAUCUAUUGCUGAACACAGAGCCACUGUGAUGAAGAUGAAAGUAGAAAAGGAGAGAGAGGAAAAAGCAGAGGAUGAGAAGGAUCGUAAUCAGUGGAUGACAGCAGAUCGUAUCUACCUGGAAACGGAAAAAGCCAAGAAACAAAGACAACGUGAUGCAAACAUGGAAGUGCAGAAAAUUCAGAUCCAGCAAAUGGUGCUGAGGUUGGGGACCAGCCUCUUCUCAGAGCAGUGGAGCAGAAGCCUCUUCCAGGCUGACUUGGCCCAUGCUGGUUGGGGAGGAUUACCUGGGAGGGCUGGUAAUAAGUAAGAGAUCAACAAUGACAGAUUGCAUCCUGUCCUGUGUCAUUAUGCCAUUUUUUUCAGCCAUGCCAGUACUGCUCUCUUGUAUCUUCUGGGCAGGUCACCAAAGAGCAGCAGCUGAUGCUGAUGUUCACUCAGCUAUUCAAUGUACCCUUUAUGUGGGGGGUAUGGCAGGGGAGAGAAGUGGGGAGGCAUGAUAUUUGACAAGUAUUGACUAGGUAUCUACUCGCAUCUGUUUUCUUUAUCAGGCUGAAAAGCAGG